GUCCGUUAUUAAAGAAGUGUGUAUUUUAAUAGAUUUGUAUAUCUAAAAUGCUCUUGUGCGUCUAAUUAAAGCGAAAAUUACUGAAAAUAUUUGACGUGUCUCAAUUUGAGUUUUGUGUCCGGCGGCCAUGUUUGUGCCUUAGUAAUUUUAUUUUUUUUAAAAAUGUAUAUAAAAUUUGAAAUUUGUUUCUAAUAAAACAAAUUGUGGUAAUAAGUAUGCAUGCUUCAAGAUUACGAAAUGACGCCUAAUCAUAGAUAUAUGGUGACUAAAAUUCUUCAUGAAAAUAAUUGACGCAUUUUAAUGUUGGCGUCUUUGUUUAGGUGUUCAGAAUGGUUGUUGGAUCCACUUCUUAUCCAGGGAGGCAAGUGCUUCACAAAAUGCAGCCAAUGGGUAUGACACCUAGGGAGCUGUCCGAAUACGAUGACUUGGCGACCGCGCUUAUAGUGGAUCCCUACCUAGGCUUUUCAACCCAUAAAAUGAAUAUUCGAUACAGGCCACUAAAAACAAAUAAGGAAGAAUUGAAGAAGAUAAUUAAAGAGUUUAUUCAAACCCAAGAUUAUAAUAAAGCUUAUUCAAAGUUAGCUAAUGGAGAUUGGAUGCCAAGGCAUUUUAGUAAAAAUAAACAUCAACAAAAUAAACUAAGAGAACAUAUAUACCGUUAUCUUCGAGUAUUUGACAAAAAAGCAGGCUUUGUUAUUGAACCGUGUUUUAGAUAUUCUAUGGAAGGCCGUGUUGGAGCAAAAAUAUCAACAACAAAAAAGUUUUACAAACAUGAAAGGAUAGAUUUUUUAGUGGGAUGCAUUGCUGAGAUGACAGAGGAAGAAGAAAAGCAACUUUUGCAUCCAGGAAAGAAUGAUUUUUCAGUUAUGUAUAGCUGUAGGAAAAAUUGUGCCCAGUUAUGGCUUGGCCCAGCUGCUUAUAUAAAUCAUGAUUGUAGACCAACUUGCACAUUUGAAGCUACUGAUAGAGGCAAAGCAUUUGUUAGAGUAUUAAGGGAUAUAGAUGUUGGAGAAGAGAUUACUUGUUUCUAUGGUGAAGAUUUUUUUGGAAAUGGCAAUUGUUAUUGUGAAUGUGAAACAUGUGAGAGACGAGGUAAAGGAGCUUUUUCCGUUCAAAGUUCACACGAAGAUGAUCAAGGUACACGAUAUAGAUUUAGAGAAACAGAUAAUAGAAUUAAUAGAACAAAGGCUAAAUUAAUACAGAAACCUGUUAAUGGCAAAAGUAAUGACAAAUCUCGAAUAGCAAAUCGGCAGGUUCCUAAUAUAGUCUCUCCUCUUAGUAUGAAAGAGAUGAAGCAAAAGGGUUUAACAAAGUAUGAUGCUGAGCUUUUAAUUGCACAGGGAUGCAUAGCUGAUGUAGUUGAUGGAUCAGAUCAGAAAGAAACUCAAGGCAGUAGGGAAUCAUCUGUUUCUAGUAGAAGUGAGAGAUUGCGACGGCGCAGGGAUAGCGGUCGGACUAUGAAUGGUACAACAGCUCAAACUGCCAGUUCCCAAAAUCAAACAGAAUACUCAAGAUGCUGUAGUAUAACAAGUUCACGAAGUAGUAAUGAUUCGCACUCUGGUAUUGUAUUAAGAAGUCAUAAACGUCUAAUGGAUACCUCAACCUCACAACCAACUUGUUCUAAAACUAGAAAUAAUUCAAAAAGUAGUUCAGAAGCUAAGUUGGCAAGGAAUCAUAUGGCCCCUAAAACAGAACCUAAUCUUCCGACAUUGGAAGAAAAUAAACAUAUUAAAGUGGAGCCUCCAGACCAAAAAUAUAACACUUUGACAGAACCUAGACCUUUCGAUAUAAAAAGUGAAUGUGAUACCAUGGAAUCUCCACCACUACAAAUAGAAACAUCAAUUCCAGUGAAAAUAGAAACGGUUGAAGUAAGUGAAACUCCAAUAGAAGAUAAUACAUGCAUAAAUGUUGCAGAACAUAUUAAAACUGAAACUGAGAAGUGUGAUUUAAUAGAAAAUGUAAAACCUAGUGAACCUAAUGAUAAUAAUAACAAACAACUCAAAGGUAAUUCAAAUAGGACUGAAGAGAGUAAAAAACAAGCAGAGUCUGGUCCCCCGUGGGUUGCAGAGAAUACAAGCAAGAGCAGUGAAUGCCCAUGCACUCCUCCACGUAGGGGCUUGAAGUUAACAUUGCGGGUAAAACGAAGUCCAGUUGUUGAAGAAGUUAUGGAUUGUAGGAGUACAAGUGAACCGCCUGAGUAUGAAGUAUUACGCUUAGAAGGAGUAGACCCCGAGACAGCACGUCGUAUCAAAAAGCGCCGACGUUCAAAAGAGAGGCAUCGUAAACAUAGUCCUAUCCGUCCUCUGCCUCCAAUGAAACGCUUACGGUUAAUUUUCGGUAACGAGAGUCGAACUAUUGACUUACCUCCAGCCAUAACGGCAGACUGACAGGCGCAACUCUCUUGUCGUUAUAUCUCCACCGCUUUAUAUCCAAUUUUUAGUAUAAUUUUAUCAACUGACUAGGAUUAUUUUGUGUACUAUUUAUUUAAUGUUAGAUUUGGACUCAAAUGCUGUGUGAUAGGCGUUAAUUAAUUUAUUUCAUGAGAAGUGAUGAAAUCAUAAGGCAUAUUGGCACAAAAUCCUUGAUGAUACUCACUCUUAAUCAACUUUUUAUUAUCUUGAACUCAAAAAGUAAAAGUUUAAGUAUUGAUCAGCAAUAAUCCAAACUUAAAACUUGCUGGUCAUAAUUGUUCAAAUUUGUCUAAAAGGGUAAUAAAGAUUUUCCUAGUUUACCUUUCAUUAUUCAUUAUCGUCAUUCCAUGAAUUGAAUGUAUUUUAUCUUAUGUACACUACGAAACAUUGAUCAAAUUAAAUAUAUUGUGUAGUUUAGAGCUAAACAUGUAAAUUGAUUUUGUUUUGUAUUAAAUAUUAAUGGUGUAUUAAUGGAACAAACAAACAUUGUAAUUAUGCUAGCAUUACUGAAAUGCAUAGUUUUUAGUUAGGCUAGUUUGUGGCUUCAUUAUUGUCAUGACAAGAUUUUGGAACAAUCACCAGUACAGUAUUAUUUUCAUAAGAGAAAAUAUUACUUUCCUUACUUAAAAGCCUUUUGCCACAUCUUUUUUGACCCAAUCCAUAAAAGAUUUUAUGAAAUAAAUAAGGAGUUAACAUCAAUUCAUAAUAUCAUGCUGUCUAUACAUUUUAGGAUAAAAUAAGUAGAAAAAUGUAUUGUCUAUGUAAUAUUAAAAGUAAAUGAUGCAUAGUUCACAAUUUUAAUAAACAUGUAAGGACUUAAAAGGAUUUUAACAAUAUUUAACAGAAACUUCUAUGCUUCGGUCUUAACAAUAGCUUCUAAUUCAGGUUAUAUAUUGAACAAAUGAUACAUAGUACUGGGGUCUUAGUUGCUAGGGUUUUAUGUCAAUUGUGUUCUUUCUGGGUGAUAAUAACUGUUGUGAUCAUAGCUGCUUGUAACAUUUUACCAAGGUUUUAUGAAAAGUUUUCAUUACCCUAUGAAAUUUUAUUUAGGACUAGGUGCUUCAUACUCAGUUGAUUUUAAUUGGUUAUACUUGAGGCUAUGAUAUGCUUGUAAUGAUAAUGAGGAUAACAAUUUUGAAACUUGUGAGAUUUUGUUAAAAUCAGUAAUGCGCAUCAUUUACAUUUAAUUGAAUAUGUUGAAAUUGUAUAAAUGUAAAAAAUAGUGGUAACUUUAAUGGAACUAGUUAUGUGAUAUUCCCAAAAGGAAUAGUAAUUAUUAUAAUAGCAAGGAAUCUACAUUUGAAUAGAAACUUGGUAACAGGCAAUUCUGUUAUACUAUUUGUUAUUGGUCAUGUCUUAAUGUAAUAAAAUGCCUCAAAUCCUUGUAUUGUGAUUUAUUUUGGAUUUCAUGGCAAUUAUAGUAUUAAGUGUUUACAUUCAACUGCCUUAACUGUGAUUUUCAUCAAUAAAAGUGUUGUUUUAGACAUUGGCACAGGUCUAUGUAUUAUUAAGGUAGGCUUUAACCUGGUAAAUAUUGUUUUGUGCAUGCAGAACUUAAUGAUUGUGGAAGUGUACAGAGUUAUGUACUUUAAAAUAAAUAUUACGUAUCAGGCUGA